GGUUGAGGGUAAUUGUUUCCGAGACACCGUGAGAAAGGUUCCUCUCUGUACACUGAAGAAAUUGAAGAAAAAAACCAAGGAAGUGCCAGAUGGGGAAUUUCAGUCUGUCACAAGGAUAGUGUGCUCCGAAGAUUGGCAGGAGAGGAUGCUGCUCUUUGCCAGGGCAAGAAACAAUGGGACAAGGAGAGCCCCAGUGACCCAAGACCAGGCCAGUUGCUGGGUACUCAGAAGACGAGAAAAGAUACGUGCAUCAUCUGCACCGCUGACUUUGCAAAAUAGCUGAGGGGAAAAAAUAACUUGUUUGGUCAAUACAAUUCAGGAACCCAACCGAAAGUACUCCAACUUACCUUGUGGCUGAAAGAUGAAUUUCCUGUCAACUUUUGUGACAUUUCAGAACCUCCAUGAGGUUCGAAGAUUGUGCCACUGGGGUCCGAUCAUAGCCCUGUCUGUCAUUUCUAUAUGCUCCACAAUGGCGAUUCUGGACUCCAUUAUCUGGUUCUGGCCGCUAGACACUGCAGGAGGUAGCAUCAACUUCAUUAUGCUUCUCAACUGGACUGUCCUCAUCCUCUACAACUACUUCAAUGCGAUGUUUGUUGGACCUGGAUACAUUCUUCAUGGCUGGAAACCAGAGACUCAACAGGAUACCCAGUACCUACAGUACUGCAGACUUUGCCAAGGGUACAAGGCCCCCAGGUCCCACCAUUGUCGCAAGUGUAACAGGUGCGUGAUGAAGAUGGACCACCAUUGCCCCUGGAUCAACAACUGCUGCGGCCACCUGAACCACGCCUACUUCACCAGCUUCUUGCUGCUGGCUCCAAUGGCCUGCGCACACGCUGCCAUCAUCUUCAUUAUGACCAUGUACACACAGCUAUAUGAGAGGAUAUCAUUUGGGUGGAGCACUGUGAAGAUUGAUAUGAGCGCUGUGCGUAGAUUCCAGCCCCUCAUGCCUUUCAGUAUGCCCGCCUUUGCUGCCACACUCUUUGCCUUAGGCUUGGCACUGGGCACCACUAUUGCCGUUGGCAUGCUUUUCUUCAUACAGAUGAAAGUGAUCCUACGGAAUAAGACCUCGAUCGAGUCCUGGAUCGAGGAAAAGGCCAAAGACAGAAUAGAGCACUACCAAACAGGGGAGGACUUCACCUUUCCUUACGACCUCGGCACCCGCUGGCUGAACUUCAAGCAAGUCUUCACUUGGACAGGGACGCCCGAGGGUGAUGGCAUCGAAUGGCCAGUGCAUCCCAAGUGUCACCAGCACACCUUAACUAUUGAGCAACUGAAGCAGAAAGCUGAUAAACGAGUGAGAAGUCAGGUCCAGUACCAAGCAGUGGAGGACUAUAACGGAGCGUGCUGCCCUCUGAGCAAAGGGAUCCAGACGUUUUUCAGAACCCCCUGCACCGAGGAGCCCAGGAUCCCCCUCAACAAGGGGGACACCAUCCUGGCCACUCGUGGCACCAAGUGGUGGAUGUAUGGAGACAAAGUUUUGAUUGAGGGGCAUAUGAGAGGGGGAGAGCGUGUAAGGGGUUGGUUUCCAAGGCGAUGUGUGGAGAAGUGCCAAUACGACACAGCUGCCAGCGAUAGCACCAGCGAUAAGAAAGCAAAUUAAGAUACUUGGCUUUAUGGAGAGCAGAGGAGUGAAACUGAAUGAAAGGUGGCUGUCCGUGUUCAUGAACGAGGUCAUGCCUGAAGCUGCAGGCUCAUCAUCAAGAAUUUCUUAUUUUGAUUAAAACUUCUCAAAACCAACUUGAAUUUUUUAAAGACAACAUAGUUCACCAAGUUUUACUGAGCACCUUGCUGUUAAUUAAAGUUCAUGAGACGGAUUGGUCCCAUGGCUUCAGUUUGACUCCUCUGACCAAAAGUGAAAUCCAGCAAGAGUCUUAAUUUCCAAGAAUUGCCAGCAGGCUUUAAUGUGACUUCAUUGUAAUUACAUGACUAUUUUACUUGAAUCUGUUGUUUUUACUUGUGUUGUGGUCUGUUUUUGCUAAUUAUGCAAUGCCUCUGUCCAGCUAACCCCGGUACUUCUUCAUGCAACUCUUUCUACAGUAUGGAGUUUACACUUUAUUAUUUUUGUAAAAAUUGUUGGCCUCAAACGAUAAAUUGAAAAUGUAAAAAAUA